AUGCCCCAGAAGCAGGUGCCCGCCUGGGUCUCCCACAGCCCACCAGACCCAUGCAGAGCAGAAGGUUGCAGGCCCUGGGUCCCCUGUGCCUCAGAGGAGACGCUGUCUCCAUGCCACCUGCUGACCGUGAGGAUCAUCCGGAUGAAAAAUGUCCGCCAGGCUGAUACGGUGAGCCAGACAGAUUGCUUUGUGAGCCUCUGGCUGCCCACUGCCUCUCAUGAGAAGCUGAGGACUAGGACCAUCUCCAACUGUGCAAACCCAGAGUGGAAUGAAACCUUCAAUUUCCAGAUACAGACCCAAGUGAAGAACGUGCUAGAGCUGAGCAUCUGUGACGAAGACACAAUGACACCAGAUGAUCAUCUCUUGACAGUUCUCUAUGACCUCACCAAGCUCUGCUUCCGAAAGAUAACCCAUGUGAAGUUCCCACUCAACCCGGAGGGCAUGGAAGAGCUGGAGGUGGAGUUCCUCCUGGAGGAGAGUCCCUCCCCACCCGAGACCCUCAUCACCAAUGGCGUGCUGGUGUCACGACAAGUCUCCUGCUUGGAGGUUCAUGCAGAAUCCAAGAGGCGGAGGAAGAGUGGGAAAAAGAAGGACCUGCUGGUGACAGUGAAUGAAUCGUUUGAGCACACCCAGCGCCUCUCGCCCUGCCUGGAGCCCUGCUACCCCAGCCCUGCCUGCUUCCACUAUCCCAAGUACUUUCAGUCCCAGAUGCACGUGGAGGUGCCCAAGAGCCACAGAAGCUGUGGGCUUUGCUGCUGCAACUCACACAAGAGGAACGGCCCCUUCUGCCAGCCCCUCGACUGCCUCCCAGAGGGCCAGGUGGUCACUCAGGCUGUGAGUGAGACCUGUGAUUUACACAUGAAGUCCACAGACUGCCCCAAGAUGCUGGACGUGCGGCUGGGCUUCAGCCUGUGCCAGGCAGAGCUGGAGUUCCUGCAAAAGCGCAAGGUGGUGGUAGCUGAGGCACUGAAGCAGGUGCUGCAGCUGCAGGAGGACCUGAGGGCAGACGAGGUACCGCUGAUAGCCAUCAUGGCCACCGGCGGUGGGACCAGAUCCAUGACUUCCAUGUACGGCCACCUGCUGGGGCUGCAGAAGCUGAACAUCCUGAACUGUGCCAGCUAUAUCACCGGCCUGUCGGGGGCCACCUGGACCAUGGGUACCUUGUACCAAGAUCCCGAAUGGUCCUCUAAAAACCUGGAACCUGCCAUCUUCGAGGCCCGGAGACACGUGGUAAAGGACAAGAUGCCUGCUCUGUUCCCAGACCAGCUCCUCAAAGCCAAGGAGGAGCUUUGGCAACGUAGCCAGGAAGGCUACAAGGUCACCUUUACAGACUUCUGGGGGCUGCUGAUCGAGGCCUGUCUAGGGGAUAAGAGAAACGAAUGCAAACUGUCAGAGCAGCGAGCUGCUCUGUGCCGGGGCCAGAACCCUCUGCCCAUCUACCUCACCAUUAAUGUCAAGGAUGAUGUAAGCAACAAGGAUUUCAGAGAGUGGUGCGAGUUCUCCCCCUAUGAGGUGGGCCUGCAGAAGUACGGAGCCUUCAUCCCCACCGAGCUCUUCGGCUCCGAAUUCUUCAUGGGGCGGCUGAUGAAGAGGAUCCCCGAGUCUCGGAUGUGCUACAUGCUAGGUUUAUGGAGCAGCAUCUUCUCUCUGAACCUGCUGGAUGCCUGGAAUCUGUCCCACACCUCGGAGGAGUUUUUCCACAAAUGGACGAGGGAGAGAGUGCACGACAUCGAAGAUGAGGGGCUCCUGCCUGAAAUCCCCAAAUGUGAUGCCACCGUCCUGGAGACGUCAGUGGUGAUCCCAGGGUCGUGGCUGUCUAAUACUUUCCGUGAGAUCCUCACUUUCCGGACCUUUGUGUCUGAGUUCCACAACUUCCUGCGGGGGCUGCAGCUGCACACUGACUACCUCCAGAAUGACCAGUUCUCCAAGUGGAAAGACACAGUGCUCGACUGUUUCCCAAACCAGCUGACACAGUCGGUGAACCACUUGUGCCUUCUGGACACUGCAUUCUUUGUCAACUCCUGCUACCCGCCCCUCCUAAGGCCAGAGAGAAACGUCGACGUCAUCAUCCACCUCAAUUACUGUGCCGGGUCCCAGACAAAGCCCAUGAAACAAACCUGUGAGUACUGCACCGUGCAGAGCAUCCCCUUCCCCAAAUAUGAGCUGCAAGACAGUGAUGAGAAUCUCAAGGAAUGCUACCUGAUGGAGAACCCCCAGGACCCCAAUGCCCCCAUCGUGAUCUUUUUCCCACUCAUCAACGACACCUUCCAGAAGUACAAGGCCCCAGGUGUGGAGCGGAGCCCCGAAGAGCUGGAGAAGGGCCAGGUUGACAUUUAUGGCCCCCAAUCUCCCUAUGCCACCAAGGAGCUGACAUACACGGAGGACGCCUUUGACAGGCUGGUGAAGCUCUCCGAAUACAACAUCCUGAACAACAAGGACAAGCUCCUUCAGGCCUUGCGCCUGGGGGUGGAGAAGAGGAAACUGAAGAGCCAGUGUCCCUCCUAAGCCCCAGGGAGCCCCACGGUUCCCGAGUCUGCGUCUGCGGAGCGAGCGGAACCCGCAGGGCUGACGCGCCCACGCCGCCGGCUCGGCUCUCUGGCAGGGGGUGGCUGCUGGCCUGAGCUUCCUAUCAGAAAGUAAAACUGUUUAAGAUGUUCAGGGGCAGAGAGAGAGAGAGAGAGAGAGAGAGAGAGAGAGAGAGAGAGAGGGAGAGAGAGAGAGAGGGAGAGAGAGAGACAAAGGAAAAACAAGGGGAUGCGUUGGGAUUUUACAC